CUGAAGUGGGGGCGGGGGGAGAAGAAAGGGGACCCUUAAGGUAGCCUGCCUUCUGAGGCAGCUGGAGAUACCCAAAUGUUAAUCAUCGAUUAGCACAGUUCAGAUGGAAAGGGCAACUUUAUUACGCGUAAAAUGGACUUAAUGUGGCAGGAGCUGCGGACUUAAUUUUUUGAGAUAAGAUGCUUUUAGGCUAAUCAGCAGGUGUGCGAUGCCUGGAUAUAAAGGAGCUACCGCCGACUCUCUUGAGAGAGGCUCCAAAGGUCCAGAAGGUGGGAGGAAGAAAUCCCUGCCCUGUCCUCGAUCUCAGGAAGAGCCGGGAAGGAAGCCAGGAAAUAACCCUUGGAAGAUGGGAGCCGCGAAGAUCUUCAAUCUGCUGCUGGGGUCCCUGCUCCUGGCCGCGGUGCUGGCAGAGAAAGGGGAGGGUCACUCCAGACUCCACACUAGGGUCAGUGGCUCCCGACCUCGAGGCCCCAGGUACGCCGAGGGGACUUUCAUCAGUGACUACAGCAUCGCUAUGGACAAGAUCCGCCAACAAGACUUUGUGAACUGGCUGCUGGCCCAGAAGGGGAAGAAGAAUGACUGGAAGCACAACAUCACCCAGAGGGAGGCCGGGGCCCUGGAGCUGGCCCAUCAAUCUAACAGGAAGGAGGGGGCGGCGAGGGAGCAGCAGGGCUCCCUACCCAAGAACCCCAGUGAUGAAGAUCUGCUAAAGGAUUUACUGAUUCGAGAGCUGCUGGCUUGGAUGGCGGAUCAGAUGGAGAUCUGCAGGCUCAGGUUUCAGUGACUCAGACCAAACCCAGCUCAGGUCCAGACUCUGCCCUUCACUUGCUCAGGCCUCAGCUGCACCCCAGGGACCCCGAGAGAAGCCAAACCAAUAAAGUGUAAGCUGAAAUGAA